UUGUAAUGGCGACAAAUGCACGCACGUCUUUCUACACCGAAGUUCGAGAACAAUACGGACCGCCGACCGCUCAGCUGCUCAAGCUGUACGCAAACAACAACACGAAAUUGGGUAAUAUGCAAAGUCGCAAAGAGUUCUUGCUAAAAUGCCGCCGAGCCGGAAUCAUACCUUUGCAUAUCGUUCACUCCGUCCCGUGUGCACAAGAACUCAUCGCAUCGAGGAGCCCGUACACCCAAAAGCUGUCCUCGUCAGUGUUUCGAUUUCGCAAAUCAUUGCUGAGCAUCGAAAUACAGGACACUUUCCACAGGGUUAGGCUACUAAACCAAGAGCUGGAAAAACUGCGAGAGCAAAUCGUACAUCAAACCCGAUCAGAAACGUACACACGGUUCUUUCUGACUCAGGAAUUCGCAUACUACGACAACCUUCGUCGAAAAUCACAACAAACGGCUCGUAAGUAUAACAACCUGUUGAGCCGAUCCGUUGAAGCUAAUCACGCCUCGCUUCCGACUGAAAACUGCGGCGCCAUCCUCAAUGCGACCAACAAAACCGUACCGCCAGAAACACUAAUCCUUCUCAGCCUCGGUCCGAAAUUCGCUCUUCCCUACAACAACAUAAAACAGAUGCCUCUUUUCCAUCUGAUCGCGGAUGUGGAGAACAUUUUAUCAGCCCACACGAACACCGAACUUCGGGAACAGACCAGAUGCCGGAUCAUCAACAAAACGCAAAACUUUGUAAACAGGCACACCGGCGACAAUCGCUGCAACCCACUGGUUCGAUUCUGCCAAUCUGCAACCACCGUCACAACAAAAUUCAUCAAAUCAAACCCGGACGUUCUCAUCACCGAAGCUGAUAAAGGCAACCGAACCGUCAUAAUGAGUCUAGCGGACUAUGACAACAAAAUGCAACAGCUGAUCGGAGAUACCAAUACGUACCGACAGAUCAACCAUGACCCGACGGGCCGGUAUGAGCGGAAAAACAACAGCAUCGUACAGAGGCUGUAUGCGCUUCAGCUUAUAGAUGUCCGAACCAAACACACACUCACAAGCUACAACGCGGUGUGCCCACGGAUAUACGGACAGCCUAAAGCACACAAGGCUAACCUGCCGCUCAGACCAGUGGUUCCCAACACAACUUCUCCCACGUACCAAUUGAGUAAGUACAUCGCCGGCAUACUUCAACAAUCUUUCACGAGUGAAUACAAUGCCGUCGAUUCAAAAACGUUCUGUGCGUACGUCAACCAGUUGGUAAUACCAGCAGACCAUGUACUGGUGUCGUUCGAUGCAAUAUCUUUAUUCACGAACGUCACUAAAGAAGUUGUUAUUCGUGACAUUAUCAUGAUGUGGGACCAAAUACGGGACAACACCACUAUAAACCUGGACCUUUUUCUCGAAAUAGUAGACUUUUGUAUCGGCGCUAGCUUCUUUUGUUUCCGGCAAAAGUACUACCUCCAAACUUCGGGAACGGCGAUGGGAAGCCCGUUAUCUCCGAUAUUGGCAGAUAUUGUGAUGGAAAAUUUGCUAUCAAAAGCAAUCCGAAUGGCCAACAUUUCCCCACAAUUCAUUCGGAAAUAUGUGGAUGAUUUGUUUCUGGUGUUGCAUAAAGACCAAAUAGAUGCUGUUCUGACGGCUUUCAACUCGCUAAACCCGAAAAUCACCUUCACAGCAGAAGUGGAAGUAAACGGUCAACUACCCUUCCUCGACCUGCUGGUGAUAAGACAGGAAGAUGGCAGCGUCAAAACUGAUUGGUACGCAAAACCAAUUUCGUCAGGUCGAAUUUUGAAUUACUUUUCGUUUCAUUCAACCGACCAAAAACUUGCGGUGGUAAACAACUUCAUUGACCGGGUCCGCAGUUUGAGCACCAUCCGCACUAGAGAACAACAAGAUCAGCUGAUCCACCAACACCUACACAAAAACGAUUACCCCCACACCCUCAUCAACCGACUGCUACAUCAACCACGACGAUCCGAGAAUACAGACACACCGGCUGUCUAUCGAUCGAUUCCGUACAUCCACGGUCUAACACCGGCAAUCAAAAAGAUCAUCAGCAACAGUGGGCUGGUUAUGGGCAUCUCUCACAGCAACAAAAACACUGUCGGGAAUUUGUACAGAAGCGCCAAGGACCCCAUACCGGCGCUCAACAAAAACAACGCUAUAUACAGAAUUGACUGUAGAGACUGUCCCAGUACCUACAUCGGGAUGACCACCAACAAGCUGCGCACUCGCAUGUAUGGCCACCAAACCCACGUCAACACUCUCGAAGCCAGAUUAGCAGAAGGUUACCACUACACUGAUCCGGAAAUCCAGCAGCUGCAAGAGAAAUCGGCACUGAUGGACCACUGCAUCAACCACCAACACCGCUUCAACAUCCAACAACCCACCAUUGUCGAUAUCACCUACAAGAGUCAAGCUCUGCAAGUGUUGGAAAUGUGCCAUAUAGCGACGACUUCCAACACGGUCAAUCAUCGGACAGACACCGAUAACUUAAGCUGUGCGUACGCAAAUCUACUCUCGACGAUCAAAAACCGAAGAGAAGAGAGAAAUGCGUCGUCUACCACUAACCGAUAUCGACAAAAUACAAACGAUCUAACCACCCAACUAACACAAACAAAUCCGAUCACCCUGACACCGCCAACUAUUAACACCCCACAGUAAUCCCAUCCCGGCCAGCACGAACAGAAGUGUUCCCAAAGUGCCAAGUGUUGUGACUCGAACUGUGUACCCACCCACCAUUUCAAUCGAGGUGCUAGGGUCCAAGUAUGAUCGAAUGUAAUUUGAACCCAUAUCUAGAAUAACCAAAUUUUCCAAUCGCAGUGAAACAAGUGCGGUGCAGAGAAGAAAACGACAUUCUGCCGUGUGAUCAACACGAAUUGGAAACAAGUUGAUUCACAUCGAGCCCUGAUGAAGAUCCCAACCACAGGAUCGAAACGUUGGCAAUGAUCUAAAAUAAUCAACGCUUUUCUGUGACUGAAAGCCGAAAAAUACCAAGUUUUACGUAAACCCAGUCAUACCCCGUAGAACAUUUGUAAUGGCGACAAAUGCACGCACGUCUUUCUACACCGAAGUUCGAGAACAAUACGGACCGCCGACCGCUCAGCUGCUCAAGCUGUACGCAAACAACAACACGAAAUUGGGUAAUAUGCAAAGUCGCAAAGAGUUCUUGCUAAAAUGCCGCCGAGCCGGAAUCAUACCUUUGCAUAUCGUUCACUCCGUCCCGUGUGCACAAGA